AUGAAAGAAGCUGUCAUUACUCCCGAUAUCCAGGUCGAAAUUCGCGAUGUACCAACCCCCGUGCCCAAAGCCGGAGAAGUCCUUGUCCGAGUGGUUGUGUCUGGCGGCGACUAUCCCAAUGGCUUGCCUGGUGGCAAGCUUUGGCUUUCAACCAAGAGGGUGGUCGCAGACAUCCAGUCGGUCAUUUUCAAGGCUGGAAGCGGACCUGCCUGGUAUGGACUUGAUGCUGCCACCAGCGAAGACGGUGCUCCCGAAUAUACAGGAAUACUCAUCGAAGCACUGGGCACUCAGUGGGGAUUGAGCGGUAAUCGACCUCGUGUUGCCACUGUCGAAGGUGGUGCCAGAGUUUGUGGCCUUGUAGAUGGGGAUUACAUCAACGUCAUGCUGGUUCAUACUGGCUCAUACCGGCAGUAA